AAAAAAAAAAAAAAGGAAACUUGUUGACUAGCUCCAAACUCCCUGUUGUCUCUGACGCAAAACCAGAAUGAGUUAGAUAAUCAAGUCCAAAUAAUUAAGAGUUAAUUAGUAGAAGCUUGACAAGCUAAGAGUAGUGAAGGAGGUGUUUCAUGUAAUGGGAAAUAACAGUAAUCCUCAACUUGUUCUUCCUAUGUUAAAGCCCUCAAGAUUCAAGCGCAUAUGUGUUUUCUGUGGCAGCAGCCCUGGCAAUAAACCUACUUACCAACUUGCUGCUAUCCAACUUGGAAACCAAUUGGUUGAAAGGAACAUUGACUUGGUGUAUGGAGGUGGCAGUGUUGGCUUGAUGGGUUUGAUUUCUAAAACUGUUUUUAAUGGUGGCCGCCACGUGUUAGGUGUGAUUCCUAAAAGUCUCAUGCCCAGAGAGAUUACUGGAGAAAAAAUUGGAGAAGUGAGGACUGUUUCUGGUAUGCACCAAAGAAAGGCUGAAAUGGCUAGGCAAGCUGAUGCAUUCAUAGCUUUGCCAGGUGGCUAUGGAACAUUGGAGGAACUCUUAGAGGUCAUCACUUGGGCACAGUUGGGCAUUCAUGAUAAGCCAAUAGGUCUGCUAAAUGUGGAAGGCUACUACAACUCACUAUUGUGUUUCAUAGACAAAGCAGUGGAAGAAGGUUUCAUCACGCCCUCUGCCCAUCACAUUAUUGUUUCUGCCCCCACUGCUCACGAACUCAUGUCCAAACUUGAGGAUUAUGUUCCAAAGCAUAAUGGAGUUGCACCAAAACUGAGUUGGGAGAUGGAGCAGCAACUUGGCUACACAGCAAUACCAGAAAUUGGUCGUUGACACUUAAUUUAUCACUUUAUUUUAAAAUUGAAUUUGCCCAUUAGGGCUAACCAAAACAUGAUUAAAGUGCAGUAAGUUGAUUGUUUAGAAAUAAUAUUUGUGUCUGUGUCUGAAGGUCUUCCAAUUAAAUUCCAUUAAGCAUCUAAAACUGAUGUAAUUUGUAUAAUGUGUAUAAAGUGUGCUCCUUAU